GCAAAACAGAUGCGAAAGUGAGUGAAAAAAACAACAAAUUACUGAACGGUUUGGCAAUCAUUUGACACAUCAGUGGACACGACGUGUGAUCCGAACCCUCCUGAGCGAUGUCCCACUGGUUCCACAGAAACGCAUUGAAAUGCACGACAAGUCAGACGUAUUCCUUAUCCCUGGUGUCGGCCCACCCGCAGGCCAUCCAACUGUGCGACCGCCUCAAGACGGCCCGACUCCAGGCGCUCGACCUCAUGACCGACCCCUCCUCUGAUGGCGAAGUGGUGGACAAACAGCUGCGACACUACUUAUCACUGCUGUUGGGCUUUGUCUUCAACCACGGCUUUGACCCCAACUACGGACCCACCGAUAGCUCCAAACUCAGGCACUAUAUUAAGUUCAAGUGGACGGACAGCCUCUUGGGUGCCGUGCCGUGUGUGCGACAGGACUCGGUGUUUGAGUUGAUAUCCAUGUGCUAUGAAUACGCCAUUUGGUUGACGAAACACUGCUCCCAAUUGGCGGCCAAACCGGACAUCGAUAUGGAAGCGGCCAAAGAGUGUCACAAAUGUCUCCGCAAAGCGGCCGGUGUUUUGACGGCCAUCCAGAAUGAGUGGUGCGAACGGCUUCUGGAGCGGAGUUUCGUGGCCGGCAGUGAUUUGGAUCCCCGUGUGAUCAGUGCAUACAUACAACAGUGUCAGGCGGAGGCCCAGGAGGUGACGAUAGCCCGCGCUAUUGAACUCAAACACAACCCGACGCUCGUGUCAGCGCUGGCCAACGAGACGUCGAAGUUGUUUCUGGCGGCUGCCGGUGCUGUCAAGGCAUUGGAUCCGACAAAAGUGGGCAAAUGGAUGACUUACUUCCAGAUGAAGUCCGCUUUCUAUGAGUCAUACGCUUUCUGUUAUUUAGGGGAAAGCCUUUUAGAACAGGAGAAGUGCGGAGAGGCUAUCCGUGCGCUCGACGAGAGCGAGAGAUUCUACGAAAUUGCUGUCAAACUAUGCAAAGAGUACCGCAAACAGAAAGCACAGGGAGGGUCGGGCGCUAAGAUCGAUGAGCACUUGUUUUUCCGCAAAUUACAGCCUUUAGUGAAGCGAACCAAAGAUAAAUGCAUUCGAGAGAACGGAUUCAUUUUUCAUCAACCAGUGCCUAAAGACUGUCCAGUUUUGGAACUCAAGGCAACCCAUGGAUUGGUUACACCCGAAGAGUUUUCUAUGCCUACUCUCCACGAGCUAUGGACCCCUCAAUCAUAUUCAGCGUUUGAUUUGUCUAAAAAUGUCACUUAUGUUGAUCCGAGACAAAAGGAUAAAAAGGGUGGCAAAGGAGCAGCUGCUGGCGAUAAACCCGAAGAACCCAUUCCUAUGGUCGAUGAAAAGCCCAUUAAAUAUAGCGAAACUGAUCCCAAGAACCAAAGUGGGUGUCAAAUACAAUAGAUAUCAUGUUAUCUUAUAUACUGUAUAUUUAUACCCUUUAACACAUUUUUUAUAACUUUAUUUUAAGAUAUGUUUAUUUAAUAUCAGACACAA